AUGAAGUUUGUCAAAUCAUUGAUUAGAUCAAUUAUUGCAUCACCAAAACAACUUCAUUAUGAUUCUAAUUUAAACUUGUACUUGGAUUUAGCAUACAUUACACCACAAUUGAUAGUUUCGUCAGCACCAACAACAACUUAUCUUGAAUCGUGGUAUCGAUAUCCUUUAUCAGAUUUGAUCACCUACUUGGAAACAAAUCAUAAUCAACAUUGGCAUUUGUUUAAUUUCCGUGGUGAGGAUCCUGGUUAUAAGGAUGAAGAUGUACAAUUUAAAGUCAGUCAUUAUCCAUUUCCUGAUCAUUUCCCUCCACCCAUUCAGUAUAUGAUAGAUGCAUCUGACGAAAUUGAUCAGUUUUUGAGUGCAAGUGAUGACAAUAUGGCAGUGUUGCAUUGCAAAGCUGGUAAAGGAAGGCUGGGUACUAUGUGUUGUGCUUAUUUAAUGUUGUCAGGGAUGAAACAAGGACACACCAUUGAUGUUGAGAGUGUAAUUAGGAUUUAUACUGAAAGACGGAUGCGCAAGUUUGGUGGUGAUGGUGUCAGCAUAGUGAGCCAAAAGAGGUAUUUACAAUAUUGGAAUGAAUAUUUGAAAUCCAAUGAAUUGAAACAACAAUAUUCGCUGUGGAGCAAAGUCCACAAACAGCUUCCAAUUUACAAGGUCAUAUUUCGCAAUUGUAUACGGGAAUCACUCCCGUUUAGUAUAUCUCAGUACAAAAAAGUACAAGAGAGUAACAGAAUCAACACCAUUGUUGAAACUCUGGCGACACAGGUUUCCAGCGACUUUACUAACUUAAUUAGAGAAGGAAGAGAUUUAGUCUAUACCCUUCGAGAUCCCAUUGAAGUAGGUGAAGAUGUCAUGAUUGGUAUUGGGAGCUUUAGCUACUUAUGGUUCAACACCUUCUUUGAACAUAUAAACACGACUAAAACGUCAUGUUCAUUUCCAUGGGAAGGCAUUGACGGAUUCAAAGGUACUAAACAACAAGGUUUUAAAUUGUUUGAUAGAGUAGAGAUUCAUUUCUUUGUGUAG